AUGGUAAGAGGAGUUAUUCAAGACAGGAACAACAAAUCAAGAAAACAUAUUGUACACUCAACCAUGAACAAAGCAAUAACAUCCCCAAUACCACAAAAUAUAUUGAAUGAUCUAGAGACAACAUUAAAUGGAAUGAAAGAUUCUCAAACAUUGCAAGAGAAGUAUAAUUUUUUGGAAAAAGAACUUAUAAAUAUAAACAAAUCGAGUGCGAAAAAUGAGGUGAAAAAUAAGUUGGGAGAAGAAACAUUAAAAUUGAUGAAAGAGAGAAAGGAAAUGUUAUACAAACGAAAAGAUAAUAAACAAAAUAUUGCAAAUAUUAGGGAAAGAAGAUACCAUUACAACAAAAGACUAUCAAUAGCGAAAGUAGCGACAGAUUUUUACAAAAACUUAUACACGGAGACAGACAGAACAACGCCAGAAGAAGAAGAAAAGGUAAAAAUACCUUGUAUACUAGAAUCUGAGGUCACACAGGCUAUAAAAUCACAAAAAAGUGGAAAAGCUCCUGGAGAUGAUAAAAUAUCUAACGAACUACUUAAACAGUCUCUACCCGCGAUAACCAAAUAUGUGACUCUUCUUUUUAAUGAAAUAAUAGAAACUGAACAAAUACCCAUUCAAUGGACGAAAUCAACCAUCAUCCUACUACACAAAAAAGGUGACAAAAAUGAAAUAAAUAAUUAUAGACCAAUAAGCCUGAAGUCCAAUAUAUACAAAGUGUUUUCUAAAAUAACACUCCGGCGAAUAUCAAAACACCUGGAAGAAAACCAACCGAGGGAGCAAGCUGGGUUUCCGAUGAUUAUUCUACCAUCGACCAUAUUCUUGUUGUGA